UGUAUAACGUUGGUGCCGUUUCCGCCGUCUUCGUCGCUCGUUUAUAUAAAUAGAGGCGUCCCGACGUCCGUCGUCGUCGUCGUCGUCGUUGUCGCCGAUCGCUUGCUGCUUGGCUAUCUGGCGCGCGCGAACGUCUUCCGUAACGCACGGCGGCGGCCCGGUCGUUUUAUUAUUAACGCGCGGCGUUCAACUCGCGUAUAAUAUUAUUCGCGUUACCGUCACGUCUGCAUCACAACAAUAUAUUAUAAUAUACAUAGACGCGUAACGCGUCGUUACCCGUACGUGAUUAUAAUUUUAGUACAUUAAUAAUAAUAAUAAUAAUAAUAAUAAGAAGAAGAAUAUACCUACGUAGUCUUGUGCACCGCCGCACUACGAAGGUGUUUACGAAAUAAUACCGUUACGGACGUCGUCGCGCCGAAACGCUCCGAACGCCGAUAACGUUCGCCGUAGACUUACGCCGACCGGUGUUAUUGCUGUAUAUCAUCGUUCGCGCUUUCCCGUCAACGCACCCGACCCGUCGCGUACCCACUCACCACCCACGCGGAACUCGUUUACACGCGCGUGGCCGACGUUCUCGAGCCGUGAUAGUGGUCCGUCGCCGGCCGACGGUGGUGUACGAAGCGACGACAUCGCGUUAUUGUUGGGUGCACGGCCAGGAUCGAGUCCACGUGACCAGGAAUACUCCAGGGGGUUGUCGUCGAGCGGAACACUUCAAGUAUACUAUAGAGGACGGCGAUCGAAACACGUAGCGAUCGCGUCGUCGUCGUCAUAACGAUAUAUGGAGACGAGCCGACGUCACGCGACGACCGUGCGCCGAGACGGUGAUGGUGACGGUGCAGUGAUCGCGAAGACGUCGACGACCACGACCACGACCAACACCAUCACCACGUCGGUGGCGACGGCGGCGGUGAUUGCGCGGUGCUGGUGACGGCGACAACGUGCCCCAUUGUACGGCGACGACGACUGCUGUAAAGGUUCGUCCGGUGCAGUCUCGCGCGGCGGUCAUAAAGGCGUUAAAUGACAUCGGUUCCGGCGGAGCGGGUUUCGGAAUUAUGUUGCCGCUGGUGGUCGUCGUUGGACAACGUAGUAGUGGUCCGGCGCUGUGUAUUGCGGUAUUAUUAAUAAUUUCAAAAAAAGUAUUUGGAUUAGAUUCGGAUUUAAUCGAUGGUAAUGUUUCGUUAACCACUACUAUUGAUUAUGAUAUACCGGUUCAAGACAUGGCGUCUGAAACUUUGAUGGCUAAUUCACCGUGUCAACGGUUCGAAGAAGAUUUCGAGUUCUACUCUCCGGGUUAUCCUCAACCUUAUCCCAAUAAUACAGAAUGUAUCAGGUCGUUAGAAGCUGGCCCUGGAGAGAUUAUUGAACUAGACUUUAGGGACUCGUUUACCAUUGAACCAAGUAUUGGGUGUAAACACGACCACUUGGAAAUUCGAGAUGGCCCGUACGGAUAUUCAGUUCCAGCGUAUUACUACUGCGGAAAUCAGUUCCCGCCCAAAAUAAUUUCAUCAGGCAAAUAUUUAUGGCUGAGAUUUCGGUCGGACGAAAAUAUUGAAUAUGAAGGAUUCCACGCCGUUUACAAAUUCAUUAAGAAGCCUCCGCCAGACAUAGAAAAAUCGGAGCUUCCGCCGUGUCGUAAAUUUGUGGGUGGUUCACAGGGGUACAUAAAUAGUACGGAGGUUGAUGAUUUAAAGAACACAACACUCGUGAACCAAGUACCUUUGGACUGUAUGUGGAUAAUACAAGUAAAAGAAGGUUGGAAGAUUCAGCUUAACUUCAAAGAAUUUUCUUUAGAAAAACCCAACGAUUGCGGAUUGAACGUAGUGGAGAUUUUCUCAAACCGCACAGACAUGGCUUCGCGGCUCAAGGUGUUUUGUGGAUCGAUAGCUGAAAUGGUGCAAUCGCCGGGCAACAUGUUGCACGUGCGAUUCUUGGCAGAGGGGAAGGGAGUGAAAUCAAAAUUCUCGGCACUUUACACUGCGUACCGCACCAAGACUAAAGACGAAGCGUGCGGUAGUGAUCAGUACGAUUGUGAAGACUUAACGUGUAUUGCGUCCGAAUUACGUUGCAAUCAGGUCGAGAAUUGUCGUUUUCGAUGGGAUGAAGACGGGUGUCCGGAAGAAGACAACAGAUUAAUGCAACUAUUUUCAAGUUUUGACAUAAUAGUUAUUCUAGUAGUGUUUUUUUUAAUUCUAUGCGGCAUGUGUUCAGCAUUCAUCACCAAUAUUGUCCGAAAACUUGUGCAUGACCACCGAAUUAUAAAAGAACAUAUGCGCCAUUCAAGAGAAGAUCAUUUAGAUCAAAUUGGAAGAAUACAUGUAACAGACGAACAAUCACUAGAAGAUUCUGGUCCACAAGGACAUGACUAUCCACAAAGUGACAACAGUAGUCAAACCACUAACCUAAUCCAAAGCAAACAUACUAACAUAUCUAGUUCGGAUUGUUAUGUUCCAUCAGGUGACCUUAUUCCAGUGUUAAUGAAGCAUGAUCCGCCUCGCCUUUAUCCUUCUGUUGAAGACGAAGAAGGUGAUGGAUUGAUGAGUUCCUAUCCAAUAACAGCUGAAACUAAAGAUAUUGAGUGUCAAACUAGAGAGAGCCUUUUUGACACUUCAGUUGUACCAAAAACUGCUGGCCACUAUAGAGUAAGACCAUCAGAAUCACCAUUCAGGCAACCAUUAGGAUUUUCUACUUUUGGAUAUCGAAAAGAUUCUUCAGAAAGUUCUGCUGAUGCAAAGCCAUCAAAAUUUAGGGCUGAGGCUGUUAUUGAAAUGGAUAAGUUUUCAUCCGAACUAAGUCAAAGGCCUUAUAGUAUUGAAUCAACUAAAUCAGCUCCAGAUGUCAUAGUUAUGCACUGACUAAUACACAAUUGUAUACAAUAUUACUAUUAUUUUAGUUAAUUAAAGUAAGCUUGUUGUUAAGAAAAGCCAAAAACAAAACAAAAUGCUCAAAUAAUGAAUUGUACUAAAAUAAAUGAGAUAAUGUACUAA